GCGAUUAAAGUGUGUACUGUGUGCUUGCUGCAGGGGUAAUAGCGACCGAACAAACAGAAGAAAGUACGUUAAAACGUUGGAAUGAUUGCAUUGCUUGUGUAACUUUUACUGAUGUAACGGGUAAGGGAGACUCUGAGGGGCUGAAUGCGCAACCAGGUGCAGGCUCGCUUCCAGCCAUGACCUCGGGGAAUGGGAACAAUGCGCCCACGGUGACCGGCAGCACCCCUCAUAAUGGCGAGAGCAAACCGCCCCAGGCAAUAGUGAAACCCCAGAUCCUCACCCACGUCAUUGAGGGAUUUGUGAUCCAGGAGGGAGCCGAGCCUUUCCCUGUGGAACGUCCAUUGUCGUUGCUGAUCGAGAACCUGAAGAAACACAAACAGCAAACACUUUCCGACUCAGAGAAAACGACCUCCUCCAACAGCACCACAGACUCUGAGAUGGAGGACUUAUCACACCAAGAGCUGAAGCAGCAGGAGGAGCCCACCCUGACGUGUGAGCUAUGUGGCAGAGUGGACUUUGCCUACAACUUCAAGAGAUCCAAGAGGUUCUGCUCCACAGUAUGUGCCAAACGGUAUAAUGUGGGCUGUACAAAGCGAAUGGGCCUCUUUCCAAAUCGACAAACCACCAUGGAGAAACUGAAGAAGCAAAGAAUGUUGGAUGGAAACCAACAGAACUCAAGUUCAGAAACCAAAAAACGGACUCCCACCACUGGCCAACAAACUGGGGGUGGAUCGUUGACGUCCAGCCACCCCUCUCACGGGGAGUCCAGCCAGUGUUCGGACAUGUCUAGCUACGAGGGUCCUCCUUCGCCCCCCCUGUCUGCUGCCAGCUCCGGUGUUCACAGGCCCCAGGUGGACAGAGGGCCCGAGCACAUGGAAGGCUGUGGACAAAACCUCACAAAGCACUUCCUGCCCAGCGAUCCAGCCAAGUGGAACGUGGAGGACGUCUACGGGUUCAUCUGCUCCCUGCCAGGUUGCCUGGCGAUAGCCGAGGAGUUCCGCUCGCAGGAGAUCGACGGCCAGUCCCUGCUGCUGCUUAAAGAGGACCACCUUAUGGGCACAAUGAACAUUAAACUGGGGCCUGCGCUCAAGAUCUUUGCCCAGAUCAGUGUGCUGAGAGACUCGUAGCCCCUCUCUGGAGUUGCUACACACUGUCUUUUCCUGCAAUGUUCUCUGGACCACUCAACUCCAACCAUGCUCAAGCAUACUGCUGUUGCAGGUGUGUUCCAGGGUGGUGGCGGAUGGACGACGGUUGUGUCUCUGUCCCAAAGAAGAUGGUCCACAGGAUAUUGACAGCCCUAUUGAAUUUUAGAGCUUUGACUCUGGACUGUCUCCCAUGCCAUGCAGGAACGGUUAGCUACUGUAUGAGUUGUACUGUGGAUGUUGUACUGUGCACAAGUAGCUCACCCAGCCAGACUCCAAGUGGACAACGUGGUAUUUAAGUAAGGAAAUGCCAUUACUAGUAGUCCGUUUCUAACAAUUGUGAGUUAGUUGCAUCGUAUAACUUUUCCAUAGAUAAUAUAUUUUUGGUUCUUGACUGGAAGUUGGUGUUUAGGGCAUUUUGGACUUUGUGGAAAGUGAUUGAAAACCUGCCUAGGACUGUAUUUUACAGUUCAUGCCUUGGAAUGUUGUAAUUAAGUAUUUUAUAUUUAUAUAAAUUCAACAAAAUAUCCUCAAAUCAUUGCAUCCUUUAAAAAAGUUUUUAUAAAUGUUUGUCUGGUAUUUUCUCUACAGAACUAGUGUUUUGAGGAUUGUAAAUUGGAAUUACUUUGUUCACUUUCUCAAUAUUCUUCCUACUUCUACCAAGGCCAUUUUCAAAGGGACAAGCUGUAACAAUAUGUAAUUGUCUGUCCUAACUGGUCUCAAAGUUGUGACCCUGGCCUCCAGAAAUCAGGGCUAAUAGAAAUGGAUUUACUGUUAUGAACUCUGUGUGAAAGCCAGAAAAAGGAGCUCUCAUUCCAACUUUGAAUUAUUCUGUGUGAUGUACUAUUAAGGUUUAAUUUGGCAGGAACAUUGUGGAGGGACUUUCAGUUUCUCCUCACCUGUUGUGGAUGAAAUACCCAUUUUGAAUAGAUUGGUGGGUUAAAAUGAUAAAGGAAUCGAUUACCAGACCAUCACCAUUUCAUUUUGUACUCAGUAUUGAAUUAAAGGGUUUGUUCACACAAGGAAAGGCAGGUGUUAUUAGAUUUAAAUCGCUCUGAAUUUAGUUUAUUUUGGUCAUCACUGCAACAUGUCUAGUAGGCAUUUAUAGACUUUUAUUGAAGCCUGUUGUAACGCUUAAACCAAAGCAGCAUCAUGUUUAGCAUUAGAAACUCACGCGUUUUUCAAGUUCUAAACUUGUUGCUUGAGUAUUUGUAGUUAUGGAACUCGUUCUCUCAUACCACAUUUUUGUACUUAAAAAAAUAAACAUUUAAAUGGUAUGUUUACUCUUCUUCA